UUAAAUCUGACGUUUCCUUAAAGAUUACACAUUACUGUGUGUUUGAUUUGUGUAGCGAAAUUAAUUCGUGAAAUCGAUCAGCUGAGCACAAAAACAUUUCAGUCAGAAAACUGUGCAAACCAAGUAAAACUUUCCAUAACGCAUACUCUCAGAGCUCGCAUCAAAGCUCAUUACAACGCCCAUCAUAUUGAGUCAUUAAUCAAACACCAGUAAAUUUAACACUUGCUUUCAAGGUUGCAUCAAUAAAAGACCUAACCAGUGCUUGGAAUAUAAUGGUGAUAUUUUAAAAAUGGGCGAGGAAAGUGAUCGUGAUUGCGGGAGGAGCGGGCCGAAGAAUUGCUUGCUGAAAAUCGUGAUUUUGGGUGAUGGUGGGGUAGGCAAGUCCUGUCUGAUGAGCCGAUUCAUUUCGAACCAUUUCGAUGAUCACAGCUUCCAUACUAUUGGUGUGGAGUUCAUGAAUAAGACCAUAGAGGUGAAUGGGAGGCAUUAUACUUUACAAGUAUGGGACACAGCAGGCCAGGAACGCUUCAAAUCCCUCCGGACGCCGUUCUACCGCGGCUCGGAUAUAUGCAUACUAGCUUACUCUGUGGACGACCGAAGUUCAUUCCAAAAUGUCAAGAUGUGGCUGAAUGAGUUUUUGCACUAUGCGGCAGUUAAGAAUGGCGUCGAAAGGUUCCCCUUCAUGGUUGUAGGAAACAAGUCAGAUGUGACGUCACGCGAGCGAGAGGUGACGUACGAUCAACUGAAACAGCUGUGCGCAGACAACAAGAUAGCAUCGUACAUUGAGACUUCGGCUAAGAGCGAUAACAAUGUCGUCGAAGCUUUCACUAUGGCUGUUCAAAGAUGGGUGGAGCUCGAGCAAGUCGCCGAGAAAGAAAUGGGCAUGCUUGAGAACCCUGACUCCAUCACGUUACAUGGCGACCGCGGCGUGUCCAACCUGCGAGCGACUUGCUGCUCUCGCUUCACCGACGCUUGAACGUGAUCCGGUACAUUCCGCGGCGUACUAUAAAGGCUAUAAUCCCUUGCGUGUCCGAAUGC